UUGAGUGUGUAAUUUUCAUGCGAUUUUCCCUUCAUUUUUUUUUGUACUUUGGCAAAGAUUAAUUCAGAAUGAUGUGUCUUCAAGAGACCACCCUACCCAGUUUUCCCUUUAUGAUUUCUCCUCGUCAAAGCCCUAAAAUUUCCUCCAAAAUUCUCAUAUGAUCUUCCCGAUGAGGAUUCGAUGCUACUGAAUCUGCUGGAGAUGAUGGAUACUGUGCCUCCUUUUGCCGACUGAGAGCUUUCCGUAGCUGAUCUUGAUUAGGCCGGGCUUCUUUCCAAAUGGAUCCAGGUGAAACCGGAAGAUAUGAGGGCAUUUUGCUGGAUUAUUUUUUGAUUUUGCCUGAAUGUGUUGUUCACCACAUAUUGUCAUUUCUCCCUUUUAAAUAUAUCGUCCGUACUUCUGUAUUGUCGAAGACGUGGAAUCGCAUUUGGUCCCACUACCCCAACAUUGAUUUAGUCUUGGAUAAUAAGGUCGACACGAAUCUACGCUACGGAUGCCCAUUCGAAGUUCAUACUCAGAUGAUCUUGGAUCAAGUUCUGUUCCGGAAAGCAUGCGUAGAGAAAAUGCGUAUAUGUAUCUCCGGUCGUCAUAUGGAGAAGUUUCACCCCAUUAUGGAUCAGUCGUUGAGGGCAGCCAUUGAGAGGAAUGUUUCCAAGCUAGUGGUUAAGACUGAAUAUUGUGUAAACUAUCUUUUUUAUUCCAUUCCUAGGGAAGUGGUUGUUGCUGACUCGCUAAAGGUGUUACAGCUUGAGAGGUGUAUGUUUGGGGAUCAUAAUACCUGCAUUGAUCUUCCACAUCUGCAUAAGCUCAAACUGUAUAUGUGUCAGUUUUCGAGUGAGAAUGUGUUGUCUAAGAUUCUAUGUAGCUGCCCUAGGAUGGAGCUUCUAGAUGUUUCAUUUUGUGAGGGUAUGGGAAGCUUUCUCUCCAUUCCAUGUAAGAUUGGAUUGAGAUAUUUGAGAAUUAAGUGUGGAGGAUCUGGUAGACAGCCCAAGACGAUCAAGAUCUUUGCACCGGGUCUUGAAAUGUUUGUUUGCAAGCUAUCAAUACCAUGCUCCAUUGACUUGGCUGGUUGCACUGCUCUAAAACACUUGGAAUUGUAUGGAGCUAUCCUUUCAGAUGAUUGUGUUCCUAUUCAGCAUCUUUUGCAUAAAUAUCUCUACAUUGAAGAAUUGAAACUUGUUGGCUGUGAAGGGGCAGACAAGAUUCAGAUAUCAAGUUCGCUCCUCAAGGGACUGGUCAUUAAUAAUUAUGGUAGAUUGUGUGGUGUUGAAAUCAACGCCCCAAAUUUACUUAGUCUAGAGUACCUUUGUUUGCAUGAAUGGAGUUCGAAUAUCAACUUCUGUUCCUCGAAGGUUCCCAAGGUUGAAGAAGUUCACAUGAUGUUUUCUGUUAAAAAGUUCCUGAGUGCUUGCAGGAGUGGACUAAAGGGUCUCCUUAUGAAAUUACAAAAGUAUGAAGAUUUGAAGUUGCUUGUUGGUUGGCUGCGUACAGAUGAAGGUGAUUUCAUUAUGCAUGAGAAACUACAUGCAGUUUCAUUUUCAUCACUCAAUAAAUUGUUAAAAAAGGUAAAGCCCACAUAUGUCAUCAUAUCAUCUAGAAGAGAUGAAUCUUUCUUGGCUGACAUGGUUGCUUUGGGAAAAGGCCCCAAAAAUCUGUCCUUGAUAUCUUCUUCUCGGAGAAACAUAGAGCUGGUGCACAAGAUACUGAGCAAGGAAGAAAAGCUCAAGUGUUUUUAUAAGGAGUUGAAGCUGGUUUCUAUGGAGGAAAUAGAGCAUGAAAUUGACUCUGCAUAUAAAUCCUUUGUGAAGACACAUUCAAAUGGAUACCACACUGCUAGAAUAGUUCUCACCAAGAGAAGUUAGGCUAGCUUUGCCCACCUCUCUAUGUUGCACGGAUUCUUCAAGUAAGUGUCGCUUCUUGUUCUUGAAACAGCCCCGUUUGGAUACCUGAGGACGUCUUGACACCCAAAUCCUUUAUGAAAUUUGAGCCCGAUCGAUUGGUGGAAAAAUAUUUGAAGAUUCUUUGCAACUUUUUCUGAUCUCUCUUUCUUUUUUUUUAAAUAAGGGGUUUAGAAUGUGACUUCAUAAUUCAUUCCCUCUUCUGUAUUUUCCAUGCUAUUCUAGCUUGUAUUUUUAUCUCUCAACUCUCAAGUGUGCUAAGUAUAUUACAGUAACAUAUUAGAUCAAGUACGUUGAAUACUCAUUUCGCCAAUAAAUUACAGUAGUUUGU